GAGCGCAUCUACUCGCGCUUCCUCCCCGCCGCGGAGCCGCGCGGCUACGCGCGCCACGUGUUCCGCAGCUUCGACACCAACGACGACGGCACGCUGGACUUCCGGGAAUACGUCAUCGCGCUGCACCUCACCUCCUCCGGGAAGACCCAGCUCAAGCUGGAAUGGGCGUUCGCGCUCUUCGACGUGGACCGGAACGGGGAGGUCAGCAAGGCCGAGGUGCUGGAGAUCAUCUCG